UUUGCAGCACUACCUCCGCCCUCUUAAGCCCUAAACCCAUGGUCACUACAAACCUCCCCUCUCUCAUGGAAGAAAUCCAGAAUCCCAAGGUGACUUUGUCACCGUCGCCAUUACACCCAACAGCAGCAGCAACCGAAGAACAACCGCCGCCUCGUCCAUCUCUCUGUGAAGAGUGUGGUGUGCAACCCUUCAAAUAUCGAUGCCCAGGUUGCUCUCUCCGCACCUGCAGCCUCCCCUGCGUCAAGUCCCAUAAGCAAAGGACCAACUGUAAUGGCAGGAGGGACCGAACCCACUUCAUCCCUAUCUCCGAAUUCAACGAUGCCCACCUCAUCUCAGAUUACAAUCUGCUGGAGGAGACCAAGAGAGUGGCGGAGUCUGCUCGGAAGUUGAGGCAAGGAUUGAUAGGAGGCGCUGGUUUUAAAUUGUCUUUGAGGGCGAAGGAACUACGGCGUGUUGCUCGCACUCGGAAGAUCGACGUUUUGCUCCUGCCGGCCGGAAUGACCAUGAAAAAGAAGAAUCGAUCUUAUUAUAAUCGUUGGAAGAAAGUCAUUUUUUGGACCAUUGAGUGGGGUUUCUAUUCGACAGAUAUCGUUCUUGUUGACCAUGGAGUGGAUGAGCAUAAAAGCCUGCGGUCCUUAGUUGAAAAUCAUUUGAAAAUUGAUGGUUCAUGGAAUACUCAGAAACAGUGCAAGCUGAGGCCAUUUCGGAAAGAGUCAGUGGACAAUCUCAAGUUCUUUAUAAGGGAAAAAGUGAAGGGUACUGAAUCACCAUUUCGUGAGUUGAACAUUAAUUGUAGUCUGAGCAAACAGUUGGCAGGCAUCACCGUGUUAGAGUUCCCCAUCAUCCUUGUUGUUCUCCCAUUGCAUUUCGACAAAUUUGGUGUUAGCGAUUUUUCAAAACGAGAUACUGAUAACGGGUCUGCUGAAUCUUUAAGUGGUCUUCCUAGCUCCAUUGGUGUUACAUCAAAUGAGAAGGUUGAAGACAAAAAUGAUGUUCCUGCUGAAGAAUCUCGUUCUUGUUCUGUAACCUGUGCGAACCCUGAGUCUGCUCACACUGAUACUUUAACUGUAGAGGGUGACAGUGAAUCAUUCUUGGCUGGACAUUCGCAUAGUGACACAUUUGAUCGUAAGGAAAAAGAAUGUUUUGACUAUUUUCCAGCAGACAUACAAGAUUUAGGAGUUGACAGAGACACUAAUUUUGACUUUGAGGAUGUCUUGCCAACAUCUUGUUUCAACUUGCUUGAUGGGUCGGAUGCUGGUCAUGUUCAGGGCCCUGACUGUGGGUUCUCUAAUGAGGAAGACUUUGUGAGGACUGAACUGCUUCAAAACAUGUCAAGCUUCGACUCUGAAGGCAGAUAUAGAGGUGAUCUUUCUAUUUCAAGUGAUGCUUACGUUGCGGGUCAGGAUUUGGAAGAAGGGGAGAUUGCUAAUUCUUGAUCUGAUUUGAUGGUUGAGAGAUGAGCGUGGAAUGGCUUAUUCAAGUAUUGUUUAGCUGGUGGACACCUAUGCAAACGGAUAUCUAGAAGGUAAAAUUUCAAGUGGGUUUUCUAAUGUGUGUUGUUUGACAGUGGGCGUAACUUAUAGAGGUGAUUGACAGUGGAGAUUUUUAUGCCGAAGCUUCUGUUCCAAGUAACAAGCCAGUUGAUUCCAUGGACACUGAAAGAAAUUUGCCUUUUUCUCCCAUGAUCCGCUGUUGGGGAAUAGGUCCCAAGUUCUUGUGGCCCUUGAGUAAGAUUUGAUUGUCUUUUCUUUUCUGGGGAGAAGAAUAUAGUUGUCGUAAGGCAUACGUCUCUUUGAUGAUUCAUUUCCUUCAUAGAUAUGGCAGAAAAUAGGAACAGAAUUUCAUGUGGGAAAACCCCAAAUUUGGGGAAAUAUUUCAAAUGAAGUAUUCUCAUAUUGUCA